AUUUGACAUUAAUCAAUUGUUAUAAAUAUAAACAUAAAUAUUGUAAUUAUUGGUGAUUUAAUAUUAUUAUACGUUCAAAGCUUAUUUAAUUUAAUAAUUGAUAAUAUGGAGGGAUUAGACUAUUAUAAAUCUUUAAUAACAGAUGAUGAAGUCAUUAGUGCCCUUAUUAAGGAUAGCAAAGUAAGGGAAGGAGAGAUUGAAAAGCCAAGAGUUAGACCAAAUUUAAAUUUUUUUCAACGAACUGUCUCAAAUUUGGUAUCCUCUAAUAAUAGAAUUUCAGACAACCAAGAAAAAUUGAUAGCCAAAGAAAAGGAAAAGAAUAAGAGAUGCAGACCAAGAAAAAUUCCAGUGAGGAAAAAAUUAGCCAUAGAUUAUAUUAAAGAGAUUUUGUCAGAUAGAAUAGAAUUUGUAAAAGCUAAAGAUCAAGAAAGUGCUGAUACUGAAAAAAGUACAAAUGAUUUAAAUUUGACAGAUGAUGAUAAAUUAAGAAUAGGCACACCUUCCAAUCAUGAUAUCAAACAGAAACAGAAAAGGGUUUUUGUGUGCAAGAAAACCCCGUUUCAACAAAUUAGAGAAAUUUUAUCUAAUAAUGUGGACAAAAGCAAUUCAGCGUCGUCUAGUAAUGAACUAAAAGACAGCACAGUACUGAAAAAUGUAGCAGAACACGAGAUUGAAGAUGCCUUAAGUAGUAGAAAAACUACUGUUUCAGAAAUUAAACGGAAAUUUAGUGGACUUUCUACAAACACCAGUAAAAUUAAAAGGUUAAAACAUGAAAAUACCAAGUGUCGAAGUUCUAGCUAUUCAUCAGAUGAGAGUUCAAAUGAUCAGCGUUCAUCUUCUAAAAAAGAAAGCUCUACGGUUUUAUCCAGAAAGACAAAGACACGUAGAAGUAGUGAGUCAUCAGAUGAUAGUUCAUGUUAUCAUCGAUCAUCUUUAAAGAAAACCAGUACGUCGUUCUCCACAAGAAAACUAAAGAUCCGACAAAGCAGUGACUCUUCCGACAAUAACUCAAGGCCAUCCCUUAAUAAAAAUAGUUUUACAUCCUCUAAGAAAAAUAAACAUUUCCGCCAAAGAAGGGAGUCAUCAGAAGUGAGUGUAAUUAGUGUUUCUGAUUCUUCCUUUAGUGAAGACUCUGAUUCGGAUGUUUGUAUAGUUGAAGAAAAAUGAUAAGAAUAAAGUAAAUGUGUAUAAUAGGGUGGAGUGAUAAUCACAUAAUUUUAAAAAAAUUGUCUAAUUGAUUUGGAAUACCCACCAAAAGUUACCUUUAAUAACGACAAUAAGAAAAAAGUAUUAUUACAACUUUUGAUAAAAUUACAUCUUCUGCCCUCUACAGGCCUUUGAAAAACGAAAAAAAAAAAAAAAAAUAAAUGUUAGUCAUAAAAAUUGAACAUUUUUGUGGUUUUCGGCGAUCGUGUCAUAAUAUGAGUUCUUCAAAAAUACGUUAUACUAGACAAUACAUUGAGUGUCCGUUAAUUCUUCCUAUUUUCAGUUCCUACCUUGGCCAAAGUCUAUGACCGCUAUGGACUAUCGGACAGAUCUGUAGCAGCUGUGGCAACGGCAGUGCUAUACGACCUUGCAAUUGUUACCAACGCUAACACAAAAAAGUUAUAAAUAAAUAUAAUCUAGAAGAACUAGUGGUAGCAGGCUGUGACGCAAUCAUAGUAAAUACGGGAUCAAAAAUUGGUGCAAUUUCUCAACUAGAAUUAAAACUAGGACGCCCUUUACAAAGAUUUGUCUGCCAGCUUCACGCUAAUGAAUUGCCUUUAAGGCAUCUUUUCUAAGAACGGUCAAACUCUAGGUCCAAAAGCUUUUGCAGGAACUAUAGGAAAUCAAAUAAUUUGUUGUAGACUAUAACAUUAUUGCCUGUGACUUACCAAAAGUAGAUUUCAUUGAGUUACGUGCCGAUCAGAAAUAUUUGUUUCAAAUUUUGGUCGUAAUUUCUAUAGUUCUAUGGAUUUAUUAAACGGAAUCCCUGCAAAGUUGAGUCAUUCUCGAUGCAAAGCAAUCGCAUUCUACGUCUUUAUGUUAGUACUGAAAAUACAACCUCAAAAUUAAAGGAACUGAAGGAACCAAAGGAACCAAAUUAUUGUCACGGUUUAUGCUCUUCUGUGGUUUCAGAUUAAAUGAUACUCAUCAUGUGUAAAUGGUGCAAAGCAUGUUUAUAAAACGUAGACGGUGUCUAGAGCAAGAUUUGAAAAUUAUUAUAGACCCUGUAAUAAUCAAAGAAAUGCCUAUUUUGUUCAUCGCCUCCAUAUAAGAGAGCUAUGUCGCAUUCUAAAUGGAAAAACUAAGGCCAAUAAUGAUUCAUCUAAUAUCCAACCUUUUAUUCCACAAAUUAAUUUUGAUGCAGAUGACUAUAUUGAUCUAAUUGAUUGGCAAAACAAAAUAACUUGCCCGAAUUGCUCCAAAGUUUAAAAGUAGAGGAUUUGAAAAACAUUAUUUCCGGUUCUCAUGAAAAAAUCAUCAAAAUUGAUUCGCGCGAAGUUAUGCCAAAAUUUGAAUCAAAUGAGGGGUAGGUAGUGAGUACAGGAAUAAAAAUGACAUAUUUCAAUUAAUUAUCAUUUUUAUAAUAACAAAAUGUACUUAUUGCCUAACUUUCCAAUUAAAAUCAUGUUUGUAUUUUUUUUACUUUUUCAACGCCCGGUAGAGAGCAGAAGAUGAACAUUUGUUGAAAAACCGCAAAUAAAGUUUAGUUUUGUAAUACCAAUUGGCAACUUUUGCGCACUAUUCCAAAAAUCGAAACUUCGAUUUUUCGCUCCACCCUAGUGUAUAAAAUUGUAAAUCUGUCCCAUACAAGUGAUCGAAAAUUGUUAUUAACACCAAUUAUCUUUUAUAAUUAUGACUCAGUGGUCCGUUGAAUUAAUUAUAGGAAUAUUUCAGAUUACAUUAAUGCUUUAAGGGGCUAUCCUAGUGUAAAAGUGCGAAAUUCAUAUAUUUUUUUGCGAAUUUCUAAAAUAAAAAGUACUGCAGCAAUCGUUAUGAAAAUUUGCAUGAGCAUUUAUUAUAAAAAUAAGUAGAUGUGAGAUAAUUUUCAUCAACAAAUAUUGAAAAUUAAACGAUUUAUGCGCGAUCUACUGGCACUGUAAAAAUAAAAACAGCUCCACUGCUGCCCCAACAUUGUUUGAUUUGCUUAUCUAGAUAAUUGCUAAGAAGAAAUGCGUUCAAUGUGCGUCCCCGUUUAGGAUUUUGUCCUCUUCAGGGUUUGUCGUGAAUGUAUUGUGUGGCAGUAAAAGCAAACAGUCCGAAAAACACACUGGGGCAAGUGUCGUAUCCUGGUGUUUUUCCUUGGUUAUGCCGGACGGUGGUGUCCAGAAGGCUAAAAGUCAACAGAGAAGAAAGUUUUGAUGGAUUGUUGUUGGUUCCAUAGACAUUUACGUGUACUGUCCGUGCUUUGCUCUCGACCAGUCUCCCUAGAAACCAUUGUACAACGACAGGCGAACCUGCGUCCCUCGUGGGCGGUCAGGAGGUGGCUUUUGAGCGUAGCGUGGACAGUGAGCGUUCGAGUGGAGAAAAUAGUUGCGGCUAUUUUCUUGGGACGAACAGGUAUAAUUGUGCAAUGAAGUUGGAAAACCGCAAAAAACCAACUUCUCCCUGUUCGGGGUAGGGAAGAGGAUAUGUUAUAGGUGGGUACGGAAGGCUAACGGAGUAGCCUCAAGGAUGUUUUCGUACUCUGCCGGGAGUUCGUCAAUGCAUGUUUGCAUUAGAGCAGACGGUAAAUGAAUCUUUUUGUGUUUGGGCGUUCGGCAGAGUACGUGGCCGGAAGAUGAACAGGAACAUUUGAGAGAUUCUUGUGGUCGCAGGGGGGGGCCGUUGAUUACUUUGAUUGUGAAGUUCCUGUUCAGAGAGUUUAUUCUCUCGGUGAUUUUGGGGAUGUUUGAGAUGUUAUGGAUUUCGUUUGAGGGGUAUUGCCAGUGCUCAUAGUUGCAUCUACGCAAGAUUCUACGUUCUGCCCCCAACAACCUCUCUUGUUUUGAUCUAGCACAAAGAGAGUAGAUGCAUGAUUUGUACUCCAUGACGGGUCGAAUAAAGGUCUUGUAAGUGUGAAUGAGAGUCUUCUUGUGUGUCUUGCCAAUUUUUCCCGAGAGAGGGUUGAGAAGUCUGGCCCUGUUCCUUACCGUAUCUAAAGUUGCCUUUAGAUCUGCGUCCCAGUUGAGAGUCCUGGUGAACAGUACUCCCAAAUAGUUCGCAGUCGGGCUAACAACAAGCCUUUCUCCCAACAGUCUCAGUGGAUAUUGGUCGUCUUCAUUAAUUAUGAUUCUAUAUGACACAGAAGGGGCGCGAAACACAAUUGUUGUUGUUUUGUUCGCGUUCAGCGUGACUCUCCACUUACAACACCAUUCGCCGACCCCGUCCAACAGAGCCUGGGCUCUUCUGAAGAGGAGUCUUGGGUUGUAUCGAGAGGUUGUUGUGAGCAGAGUCGUGUCGUCUGCAUAGAGAAACAGCCGAGUACCUGGGAUAUUUUGGUUAGUGAUGUCGCUGUUGUAGAUGAUGUACAACAGCGGUGCUAGGACUGAACCCUGGGGAACUCCAGCUUGUGGAGUGAAGGGGGUGGACUUUUGAUCGCCUAUUUUCACUCUGACAGUUCGGUUGUGGAGGUAUGAGUGUACAAUUUUGGUGAAUUGUAAUGGUAGCCCGAUGUCCAGAAGUUUCCGAACAAGCCCGUCAUGCCAGACCUGAUCGAAAGCCUUCUGCACAUCCAGGAAUGUGGCUAUGGCGAAUGAACCAUCGUUGAUGGUUUGAGUAACUUUAGUAGUGAAAUCUAUUAAUGCAUGUUUAGUAGAUCUACCUGACUGGAAUCCAUAUUGGAAUUUUGGUAUGAUAUUGUGGUUUUCGAGAAAGUCAUUGAGCCUCUCUUUUAGGAUUAGCUCAAGAACCUUACCCAGAGUGUUGAUUAAAGAGAUCCACUGCUGCAGUGAUUGGGACUAACAGAGAUCCUGAAACAUAAAAUUUCAAAGUGAUUAUUGAAAUGUUCUUUCCUAUACCAACAACUAGGCAUUUUGAAAAAUGUUAAAAUUUGAAAAAAUGACGAAAUGUUGAAAAUUUGUUUUAAAAUUAGCUAAAACAUUUUCAGUUUCAAAAACCGUCAAAUUGACAUUUUUUAUCCGAUCAAAAAACCCCUAGUUGAUGGUAUAGAAAAUAACUUAUAUUUCAAUAAUAACAUUGAAAUUUUAUGUUUCAGGAUCUCUAUUAGUCCCAAUCACUGCAGCAGUGGAGCUGUUUUUAUUUUCGCGGUGCCAGUAGAUGGCACAUAAAUCGUUAAAUUUUAAAUAUUUUUUUAUGAAAAUUGUUUUACAUAUACAUACUUCUUUUUAUAAUAAAUAUUCAUGCCAAUUUUCAAAAUAAUUGGUACAGUAGGUACUUUUUAUUUUAGAAAUGCCCAAAAGAGUAUAUGAAUUUCCUACUUUUACACUAGGAUAGCCCCUUAAUUGUUUUUCUGAGAAUUUAUUUUCCCUAAUUAAAAACUACGAUCGAUUCCAGAAAACUAGACCUGUCUUAAUAACUUUACUACCAGACUGUACAAGUUUUUAGCAACAAUUUUUUGGUACAAGCUUAAUUAUAAAAAAUAUGAAUAUUGUAGAUAAAAUUCGAAUAAAGUAUUAUUUUGGC